AUGCCAACAUUGAAAACACCUUUAUCAGAUACACUUACAACAUCUAUGGAUACAAAGAUAGAAUUACUUGACGAAAAUAGUUUUUGGACAAACGAUCCACCGAAUAAACAAAUCAAUGCAAUUCUAUCUGUAAGCAGCAACUCUAGUACAACACAAUUGCAUGCUCAUCAUCAUCGACCUUCACUGACAGACUCACAGUACAAUUCAAACGAUCCUUUUCUAUUUGAUCAUUCCCAUCUUAAGCCAGGAGAUAAGGCAUCUUUACUCUCCUACCCCAAAACAAUCGAUAUGUAUCGGGAAAACGUGAAAAAGACGAAUGAUAUGGAUAUUCAAUGCGACUUUGCCAUCUUUUUAGUCGAGGCAGCAAAGCGUCUGCAACCCUCUAUGCAAACCUCUUUGUCUUCUUCUACUGUCAGUAGCUAUAAUAGUAAUGAAAGUACAUUAGAUAGUAGAGACAAUAAGAUUCCUCCGGAUGAAAAGGAAAUCAAUUUACAGCGUCAAACCUAUAUUUUAGAGGCCAAAAGGUUAUUAAAACAGAUAGCUAUGCGAAGGCAUAGUGAGUCUCAGUAUUAUCUCGCAAAUAUGUAUGCAUCUGGUAUCCUAAAGGCAACAAACAGUCAUGAAAAGGCCUUUGCUUUCUUUGUUCAAUCAGCCAAGCGUAAACAUCCUGAUGCAGUGUAUAGAACUGCAAAAUGUUAUGAAGAGGGACUAGGCACAAAAAAAGAUAAAAGUAAAGCAGUGCAGUAUUAUAGGAAAGCAGCAGCAUUAAAUCAUCCAGGAGCCAUGUAUCGUCUUGGAUUAGCAGAGAUGAAAGGAGAAUUAAACCUUACACGUAGUACUAGAAAUGGUCAUAAAUGGCUCAAACGAUCAGCUGAAGCAGCAACAGUUCAAUACCCACAUGCAUUGCAUGAGUUAGCCCUUCUUCAUGAAAAGGGUGUAGACUCGAUUGUGUUUUAUGAUCCUGAUUACGCUGUCAGUCUCUAUCAUGAGGCCGCUGCCCUAGGGUAUGCACCCUCUGCGUAUCGUCUUGGCGAAUGUUACAAAUUGGGUAAACUCAACUGCAAUCUUCAUCCUCAACUCUCUAUUCAAUAUUAUCGCAUAGCUGCAGAGCAGAAUCAUCCUGAGGCUUGCCUUGCAUUAGCAGCUUGGUAUCUUUCAGAUCUCUCUACUCUUCUUACUAUCUCUGCUGAACAAGCUUACACAUGGGCCAUGUCGGCAGCUCAACAGGGUUUACCGAAAGCGGAAUAUAUCAUAGGUUAUUUAUUUGAAAUGGGCAUAGGUACUGUCAAAGAUCAAAAUGUCGCUAUGGCCUGGUAUCGUAAAGCAGCUGAUCAUGGUGAAGUACGAGCGAUUCAAAAAUUACACAUGUAUUCACCUUCACUUGUGAAUAACGACAAAAAUCAUAGACCAUUAUCUAUAUCGCUAUCUAUAUCAUCCUUCAUGACAAAGAAAAGCCUUACUAAACCAAAAGAUAAUAAUUUAAAUAGAUCAAUAUCAACUUUUGCAUUAACAAACGAAAGAACAGGUCUUGAUCUAUCCACUCAUACUAAAAAACAACAACAAGAUUCAGAUAUAACCUUCUUUCAAAAGGCUGCCAUAUUCCUCAAGUCUCCUUUACCAAAAAAUGCAAAUGAUAGUGAUACUAGUAUUUCUACAUUGAAAGAGUGA